UUAUCUGUGGUUCAGCGCGCCGUUUUUUGGCUUGUCAAUCGAAACCACGCAACAAUUUUCUCUCGAUUUUUGCCGUAAAUUUAAGUAAUUUCUUGAUGUAUCAUACGAAGAAACAUUGCAAUCGAUGCGCUACAUAAAGUUGCGUGAAGUCUAAGCUCGGAGUGCUCGAAAAUCGGUGUGAUAUUCGUUGUUCCGUCGCAGUGACCCGCGAACUCAUAACAUGCCUCUGUUGAAAAGAAAAGCGUUUGAGAAAUCCAAGGCGUCCGGGUACUUGCGUGACGACGAUGAGGUCUUCCACUGCGAAAUCACCGACGAGAUCUUCAAGGACUAUGAAGAAUAUUGUGAGAGGAUCAUAUUGGUUAAUUCCAUGGUGUGGUCAUGUGAGAUGACAGGGAAGAACAACUUGACGUACGCAGAGGCGCUGGAGAGUGAGAAAGCUGCACGAAAGUCGCUCAGAGACUUCCCUAUGGAGCUUAGGAUUCCUAUUCUAUACUUGGCAUCGAAGACCAAGCGGAGUUCGUUUGCUGAGAUGUCUGAGGAUGUGUUCAACUACGUGAGGGAGAGGUUCUUCGUGGGAGAGACGGUGGAGGCCUGCCUGGAGGGGGACUCCUGGCAGGAGGCACACAUUCUCUCCAUCACAGCACAGAAACAGCCACCAGGAAGCAAAGUGCUGCUCCCCGGAUCAUCAUACUGCUACGAGGUGGAACAGUACCAAGAGGACAACCCAGCGGGAGGCAAGAUAGGCCUCGCUCCUCAUGACCGGGUACGCCGGCGCAAGGGAGUUUAUUCGAGGGACAAGAACCGGCUGUUCCUCAAGCAGUUUGUAGAGCAGUCCGAAGGCAUCAUUGUUAUCAAGAAAUCAGCACUAGAAAAAUACAACAUAGGCAAAGUGAACUUCGACCAGAUAUUCACUGGCUCCCCGCCCGAGUUCUCCCCCUCAAAGAAACUCCUCAAGUCUCCCCCCUCCAAGGCCCCCGCCAAGCCGGGCUCCGCCACCAAGCUCAAGGCCAAGAAGGGGACUCCAGAUAAGAAGGGACAACAGUCUAUGGACAAGUUUCUGAAGAAGACAGAGAAAAAUGAAUCACCCAAACCAAAGACGCCAUCAGACCCGAACGCCAAGAAGAGCGCCCAGGAGUUGGCGGCGAAGAUGCGUCGCGCCGAAGAGGAGAUGAGACAGCGGAAAGAAGAAGAAAAGGCAAAGAAGAAAGCGUACCUUAAGGAGUGGCAGAAGGUUAAAGAAGACCAGGAACUGGAGGAUCAUAAGAUAAUCCCCAAAGGCACCCCCAUAGACAUGGAGGGCAUACCGCACGAGCAUUUCGGGGACUUCUUAUCCGUGCUCGAGUUCGUGCACAUUCACGGCGAGACGCUCAAGGUCAAAGACACCCUCCACAACGGCCUCGACGUGGAAACGUUCCGCAAAGCUCUGACCUUGAAGCAGCACGCGGGCGUGUUCAGUGACCUGGUGCAGAUGUUCCUCACCACCAUCUUCCAGCUGCAGGAGGACGAGGCCGAGGACUACAACGAGAGCGGCGGCAUACAGGAGUCCACUGAUUAUGAACCUAUGACCGAAGGCAUGGACAAAGCUGUGGAACUGGCCACAAAGGCUAGCAAAUGGUCUCAAACAUACCUCGGUACCCCGCUUAGCAAGCUACCACUCGACCCCACCACAGUCAGCGAAGUGCUCAGGCUGCACCUGCUGUCGUCAGGCGCUGCGCCAGGCUCGCGCUGCGCCACGUGGCGCUACCACCAGCGCGGCGGCUACAGCAGCCACGACGACGCCGGCUUGCGCCUGCGCCUGCAGCACCCUGAAAUACUCCGCACCAUGCUCACCAAACAUGUCGCUGAUAUGUCGCUAGGCGACAAAUUUCUCAUCCUGCAGUGUCUCAUGAACCAGAUAAUCAGCUACGCGACGGUGCGGGACAUCAUCGAGGAAAAACUUGAUGAAAUGCGCAACACCAAGCAGGCUCUUAGGUCGUUGCAUAUAAACGAGCGUCGUCGCGAAGCCCAGCUCUUAGCAUCACGACAAGAAUUAAAAAAAGAGUAUGCAGCCAAGAAAGCAGAACAGAAACUCACCGGGGAGGCGGCCAAAGCUCACGACGAAGCCCUCAAGGCGGCCUUGGACAAGAUGAAUAAGGAGGGCGAAGGGUUGAAGGCGGAGUAUGAGAAAAAAGUUAAGGAGCUGAAGGUGCAGCUGUUCGAUUAUACGUCUUAUGUCGGUUCGGACCGCGCGUUUCGCCGCUACUGGCUAAAUCAGCAUGUUGCUGGGUUGUUUGUGGAGAACGGGGCCGAAAGCCGCGGACCGUGCCGUGAUAAAAUGGCCGACUUGCACCGGGACCGAGCCGGCAGUGACAAAGAGAAUGAAUCAGCAGCAAACUCCCGUGGCGGAUCACCGAAGAAACCCCUCACCAACAUCAACGGGCUCGCCAACAAGCUCAACGGGCUGGAGGCCGGUCUAGCGCAGGCGCAAGAACUCAUGCUGUGUACUGGAGACCCGCCCACCUGUAACGUGCAUGGGAAGGACGAAUAUCGGCCGUUCUGGUGGGUGUACCACACUCAAGAACAAAUCGAGGGCCUGAUCCAAUCGCUCAACAAGCGAGGUUUGAGAGAGAACGACUUACGGCACAACCUCGAGUUGGACAAGGACAACAUACUGGAGUACAUACAGAAGUGCCCGCUGCAUUUAUUGAAUCCGGCUGCUAAAGCGCCGCCGCCAGUCCCGUCGACGCGGAUGCACAAGUUCCAGCCCUCCCUCAAUGUCCCAGAUGACUGCACGCUCUCUGAGGCCCUGGAGCUGUCUCUCAGGGACCAUAUAUUGGAGCUGGAGGAGAAAAUCUUCCACGGCUGUCUAGGAGUGCUCAAAGUUAAGGACCGCGAAGCGUGGCGCGGCACGAUCAUGGUGCGCGGCUACGACAAGCAGGCCGACUACCUGUCGUGGGGCCCCGAGCGGCGCUACCGGGACGACUACCACAUGCCCGGCGGCGUCACGGCCACACCCACAGACAACAAAACCGACAUAGCGGCUAUACCAGAGAACAAAUACCGCGACCCCGGCCACUGCCUCGAGCCGCGGCCCAACGGCGUCAAGGCGGAGCCCGGCGCCGCCCCCGCCGCGCUGCUCGCCGCCGCGCGCGGCCUGGCCGGCGCCCUGCUGCAGGUGGAGCAGGCCAUACACCACAAGUACAUCAAGCGACCGCUGGGCCUUAGCGACAAGGAACGCAAAGAGCGCGAAGCUAAAAACAAACCCCUCGACAACGACACCCUGGAGCGCUGGGAGGUCUCCCUCAUGGAGUGCCGCAGCUUCGCCCAAAUCGUCCUACAUCUCUUCACUCUCGACUCCAGUAUCACAUGGUCAGCUAGCAUACUGAAUGCGAGCUGCAGACUGUGUAGGAGGAAAACCGACCCGGAUAAUAUGUUGCUGUGCGAUGGAUGCAAUAAGGGACAUCAUCUGUAUUGCCUGAAGCCUAAACUAACGAAAGUACCUGAGGGCGAUUGGUUCUGCGAGCAGUGUCGGCCGAAGGAGCGGACGCCGCGCAAACGGAGGAGAGUGAUCGAGGAGCCUAUCAACGACGACAGUGACAGCAAAAGCUCGGAGUCGGAAGGCGAGUUGGACCUCGGUCUCUGCGGCGCGUGCGGCAGUGGAGGCGAGCUGGCGGCCGUGUGCCGCUCGUGCGCGGCGCGCUACCACGCCGAGUGCGUCGCCGCGCCGCCCUCGCGGCAGGCCAAGCGCUGGAUCUGCCACGCCUGCCAGGCCCCGCCGUCGGCACACACGAAGAACUCGAGCCGGCGCUGCGCCGCGGCCGCGCUCGACAAUAUCCACCACUACACGCGCGCGCUCCACAGCCGCCGCAGCAGCGAGGAUUCAUACGACAGUGAAGACAACACAUCGCUAAUAGCACUUAAGAAAACGAGAUCACGACAGAGCAAGGAAGCAUCGCCUCUCGUCAAUGGAGAUACGCCCACUAACAAUAGGAGAUCGCGCAAAUCGAAAGACGAAGUCAACACGAGUGCGAGCAAAAAAGUGAAAACGCCUCUUACGAAUGGUGUUCACGAAGAAAAACAAGUGAACGGCAGAAAAAGAGGCAACAAAGAAGCAAGACUCCAUACGGAGGGCUUGGAGCAGCUCCUUAAAGAGGUGAUGAAACACAAGGACUGCUGGCCGUUCUAUGAUCCCGUCGACACGGAAAUGGUGCCAGACUACUUAGACGUCAUCAAGACUCCCAUGGACUUCACGACGAUCAAGGAGAAGCUGUCACGAGGCGAGUACGAGACGGACGCGGCGCUGCUGGCCGACACCGCGCUCGUGUUCCACAACUGCUACACGUACAACAAGGACACGCACCCUGUAGCCAAAGCGGGCGUCCGCCUCGAGCAGUACAUCCAGCGGCGCUGCGCCGACCUCUCCCUCCCUCCCCUCCCCGAGCUCAGCCUCGACGAGGAGGCGCCCGGCGGCGGCGCCAAGAAGCCGCGCCUCAAGUGACCGCAGCCGCCGCCGCGCCUGCGCGACUACCUGUGCUACUAGGCCGACAGACGUUGGUUUGGUGUUUCUACUUACAUCCUAUGGGCCCCUGAUUUUUAUUCAUUUAUUUUAUACUAAAAUCUUAAACCAAACAGUAAGGUGCCGUGAAACCCUAUCGGGUUUACAAUAGUACAUACCUUGCACUGUGGUGUUUCAUUUACCCCUGUUACUCGGCACUGCUGAAACACUAGUAGAGUGAAUUGUCGCUCCUACUCGUUUAUUGGGGGCUUUUAGCUACUAUAGUUUAACUAUGUGCACCACUUGCAACAGACAGAGAAAUACUAAAAUACUUAAAUUCGUUAGUAGAUAUGGCGCCAUAACUUAUGAAGUGAAUGGAUUGUCAAACGUUGACGCUUAAAAUCACUAGUGCAUAAUACCGUACAACAUCAUCUAUUUAAAGCGAUGAAAUGCCGUCUACAACAUUUUGCUUCACUUUACGCAGCGUAAAAACUUCUUUAGUACAUUCAAAAACAUGAAACAUCAGCAACCAAAGUGACAAUGCUAUAUAAUAAAUAGUAAUUUUAACUUUUUAACAGCCAGCAAUUUUUGAUCGAGCGUGCUCGUGUCGCCACCGCCAGUAAUUGUACCACUCAGAGUAAGGUUGGCAUAGUUACUACGGGAGUUAUAAAUGUGCUGUAAAAACGAAAUCAGAUCUUUGUGUUAUUUAUCAGACUGUGGCGAAAUGAGCUGGAGAUGUAAUGUCUUAUAUAUCAGACUCUGACGGUUAAAGGGUUAAAGGCAUUAUUUUGCCAUUAGGAUCGGAGAAACACCUAAAACCAUUGCAAAUGUCUGUCCGCCCACCGAGGCUAGUGAGAUUGUGAUUGAACUACUUAUAAUAUAGUGAAUGGUGAUCGGGACACGUAUACGUGGUGUGAACAAUAAUUCAGUGCUAAUGAUGGAAUGUCUGUCAUACAGUCAGGUUCAUACUAAACGUCAACCGUAUUGAACGAGAUAAGGUUAAUCUACUCUACCAAUAAUCCGUUGAUAGUGUAACUAUACUCUGUAUCUUUAAGUACUUAAAUAAAAGUAAACAAAUAAUUUGUACAUUUUCGGGUAGUUGUAUCCAGACGAGACAAUUUUGUGCCAAUCUGAUCAAAUUCUCCGAUCGAACAAGGCCGUGCGGGCGUAAAUACUAGUUUGAUUCCCCGGUCACAUCGGUGCGGUCACAAAAAUGCCAAUUUUCAUAGUAGAAUGCAAAUUGGUGACUUACUUUGUGUACGUGUGGACGCUAGAUGAGAUUGACCAAUUAUUUUCCUGAACAAAUCGACUGAUUUCGUCAGUCCCGUCUGGAUACCCCUUAUAGUAGAAAAAAAUCGUUAAUGUAAUGGUUGGGCGCUUUCCAAUUUUUUUUACACUUCAUUGUAGAACUUGGUAUUUUCUUUGUCAGCAUCGUUUGAUUUGAGAAAAGUUUUCAUCACGCACGUUAAAACACCUGACUGUAUGACAUGUCAAAAAAUGGUGCAUGUUGUUUAUAUGUGAUGUAUCUAUGAAAAGGGACCUUAUUGUCGACGGCGCUUACGCCAUUAUUAACGAUGCUCCGAUAUAAAUACAAUGCCGCGCGACGCUGUGCGGUGUAUCCGCCAUCGACAAUAAGGUCCCUUUUCAUAGAUAAUGCCCCAUAUAUGGUAAACGUUUUACAGUAACGCUUUGUAAAUUUCGCUAUUUAGUGACGUGGCUUAGCAUCUAAUAAAAUUUAUUAGACUAUUAAACGUCAAAACUUAACAAUUGUAAAAAAUCAAGAGUGUAAGGCGAUUUACACAGUCACGCCACCAGUUAAAUAAUUUUAAAUAAUUAUUAUAGAAGCGACCGACUUCACAAUGUAUGUCAGAUUGUUAUUAGAGUCGCACCAAGAAAAGUCUGCAGCGGAUUUGAUAUCCCACGCAGUGUAAGUGCUAUU